UGCGCAUGCCCAGUCGCUGGGACACGCUCGCACUCUUCAAACCGCGCACCGUUAUCCGGGCCGAGCUGUCAUCUACGGUCCAUCCUCCUCCUCCUCCUCUCCAACCGUGUUUUUUUCCCCCAAACCAUACACGGCGGGCCUCGGUGAUACUCUCAGCGGGCUAAACACACGAGAUACCCCGCUCUCUGUUUUUUUCUCGAGGCGGACACGCAGCUUUGGUCGACGGAUUGUCUCUGCAGUUACGAAGAAGGCGCAAGAUGAAGCUGGACAGGGGUUGGAUGUGGCGUCUGCUGCUCCUGUCCUCCCUGGCUGUGGCGGCUGUGGCGGCCCAGGACAAACAGUCGGAGGUGGAUGUUUCAGACAUGGAUGACGAUAUGGGCUUGGACGAGGAGGAACUAAAGGUUCUGAUGGCGGAAGACGAGGAGGAAGACGAGGAGGAAGAGAGGGAGGCGACGGUGAUGGAUGAAGACCAAUCCGAUGAUACAGACACAGAGAGCGGGAAGGCUGGCGAGGCUGUAACGGAUGCAAAUGUCUCCUUCCAGGUGACAUACAAGACUCCUGUUCCCACUGGAGAUGUCUACUUUGCAGAGACGUUUGAUGACGGAUCCCUGGACAGAUGGCAGCCGUCAAAGACGGUGAAGGGUGAUGCAGACGAUGACAUCGCCAAAUAUGACGGGAAGUGGGCUGUGGAGCAGCUGAAGGAGAACAAAGUACCAGGAGAUCAGGGUCUGGUGCUCAAGUCCCGGGCCAAACACCACGCAAUCUCUGCCAUACUGGACAAACCGUUUGUCUUCCAGGACGAGCCCCUGGUCAUACAGUAUGAGGUGAAUUUCCAGGAUGGCAUCGACUGUGGUGGAGCGUACAUCAAACUGCUGUCAGACACUGGUGAUCUCAAUCUGGAGCAGUUCCAUGACCGUACACCCUACACCAUCAUGUUUGGACCAGACAAGUGUGGCGAGGACUACAAGCUGCACUUCAUCUUCCGCCACCAGAAUCCUCUGAACAAAGACUUGGAGGAGAAGCACGCCAAGAGGGCCGACGUGGACCUCAAGAAGUUCUACACUGACAAGAAGACUCACCUCUACACUUUGGUGUUGAACCCAGACAACAGCUAUGAGAUGUUCAUCGACCAGUCCAGUGUGAGCCGCGGCAGCCUGCUGUACGACGUGGUGCCUCCAGUCAACCCGCCCAAAGAGAUAGAUGACCCAAAUGACUCCAAGCCGGAUGACUGGGACGAGAGAGCCAAGAUUCCUGACCCCGAGGCUGUCAAACCCGAUGACUGGGAUGAAGAUGCACCAGCAAAAAUCGAAGACCCUGACGCUUUGAAGCCCGAGGGCUGGCUGGACGAUGAACCAGAGUUCGUCUCUGACCCUAACGCUGAGAAGCCAGAAGACUGGGACGAGGAGAUGGAUGGAGAGUGGGAAGCCCCACAGAUUCCCAACCCAGCUUGCGAGACGGCACCUGGCUGUGGGCAGUGGAACCGCCCCAAGAUCAACAACCCUCUGUACAAGGGCAAGUGGAAAGCCCCACUGGUGGACAAUCCAAACUAUCAGGGAGUCUGGAAGCCACGUAAAAUCGAUAACCCGGACUAUUUUGAGGACCUGCAGCCGUUCAGGAUGGCACCUUUCAAGGCUCUUGGCUUGGAGUUGUGGUCCAUGACCUCGGAUAUCUACUUUGACAACUUCAUUAUCACCUCUCACAAGGAGGUGGCCGACCGCUGGGCCUCUGACAGCUGGGGGCUGAAGAAACUGGUGGCCAGCGCUAACGAGCCGGGGAUCUUCACUCAGCUCACGAUGGCAGCGGAGGAGCGGCCGUGGCUCUGGGUGAUCUACAUCCUGACAGUCGGCCUGCCUGUAGGACUUGCUGUGCUCUUCUGCUGGCCAAAGAAAUCAGAAGACGACUACGUGUACAAGAAGGUGGAUCUCCCCCAGGCGGACAUAGAGGAAGAGGAGGAUGAAGAAGAGGAGGAGGCGGCAGCAGCAGAUGAGCGGGACAAAGCAGCUGAGGCUACAGAGGGAGCUGCAGCUGCAGCAACAGAAGAAGCUGAAGAAGAGGAGGAGGAGGAGGAAGAGGAGGAUGGAGCCGAUGUGGGAGGUGACAAUCUAGAGGGCGAUGAGGAGGAGGAAGACGAGGAAGAAGAAGAGGAGGAGGAGGACGACGAGGAAGAGGAGGAGGAAGAGGAAAGCAAAGCUCCGGAGAGAACAGAUGAGCCCAAAGAGGGAGGAGACGUCACCGAGGAGAGCCACAAACAAGCUGUGAGAAAGAGGAGGGUACGGAAAGACUGAAGGAGGCGAACCCCACGCCUACUGUCUCCUUUCUCCCCCGAUGCGGAGGAGGUGGAAGGGCCGUCUCCACUGCUGCUCCCCACCCCACUCGCACCGUCUGGCCGAGCAGAGCAGCAUGUAUUUCCUCCAAACCACCUGGUAGCCUGCAGUCACCCCGGCUGCCCCAUCCACUGCCUCGGCUACACCCAUCCCAGGCCCGCAGUCUCCCAAACCACAUCCCGCCUCGCCUUGUCUUGUCUCUCCCUCCCGCCUGCUCGUUGACCUAUCAGAUGAAUCCCCCCACCUGGAGAUUUUGUGCAUUUAGCUGUUUUUCCCUCCUCCAUCCCGAGCUUCCACGCUUUCUUCAUCCUCCUUCUCUUUGCCAUCGCUGUCAAAAUGCCUGUCAGUCUAAGAAAAAAAGAAAAAAAAAGGCCGCCUCUCUCCACCUGUGUUCCUGUUCCCCCCGUCUCUGCUGUCAAGUUUUCUCUCUGAAUACAUCAGAGAACCACCAGUCUGUCUCCUCCCGAGAGCGAAGGCAGCAGAGAGAGCACGCGCGCACACACCGCCGCCGUCGACCCCAGAUCAUACCGUUUUACAGCAUAUCAUAGGGGCUACAUCUCAGAACUUAAGACUUUAUUCUCAUGUCCUUUGUUUUGAAGAACAUGUUCGAGGACACAGUUUGACAAAGUUCCUUCCUUGUCUGAAAUUGUUCGGGUUUCAUGGACAGGCCAACAGGAGAGGACGCCAGGCCGCUGGAGAUGUCCCUGCAGAGUCGGGAUAUGUCAGCUGAUAAGUCGCCUCAGCUUAGUUAAAGUUUACCUCUGAUAAAAAUGGAUGUUCUGUUUAGAGUUUAGGUAGUCUGUGAGGAGCAUCAGUUACUUUUCUGUGUGUUUUUUACUAAGUUAUAGCAGAUUUGAUUGAUUGAAUUAGCACUGAUAACACUAUUUAUCAUUUUGUUUUUUGUUUUACGCCAGUACGAAUAAAGAUUUAAUAACUCAGUGUUUUGAAUGACGUGAGGCAGUUUUCUUAAAUGUGUCACUAAAAAUGAUCACUGAGCCUAGGUCAACUUAAAUAUGAUCAAAGUUAAUGAUCAGAACACUGACUGUCAGCGCUUGCAGCAGAUGUAGGUCAUUUUGAACGCCCUGGUCGUCAGUUGUCGAUAAGACAAUAAAAACCUGUGAAAACGUACACGGCAACGCUUUGCUAGAAUAUCUAGACUAGCUGCAGUUCAGAGAUCAGAUCUAGAUUGUUGCUAAUUUAUUUGUUUUCUAUUAUUGUCUCAAGCUUUUGUAGUUCAUGUUCCUGCCAAACGCUGGCAGGUCUCCCUGUUUACAUUUGUUUGCAAAUUGUACAUUGCUCUUGAGAAUAAAAUUAUUUAAUACAAAAAAAAAAA